GACUUUUCUGGAAGAUACCGAUGGCAUUUCAAAGACAAUGCAAGAAAUAUAUAAUUAACUAUUGCAUCUUCAUAACAGAUGGCCGCAUUACCCGGCCCUGAGCCUCACUUGCUCAAGAUUAGGAAGAGCACUGGCAAGAAUGGCAGAGCAAAACCAUCAGCAUCCAAGAAGCUUGCAAACAAAGAGGACAUCGAUCACUGGAAAAAGCGAGUUGAGAAGGCCUCAGAAUUCGCCCUGUCUGAGGUCUUCUUCCCCAGGAGAGCCCAGACGGGAAGCAAAAGCUUGGCCAUGGCCCUGCGGAGCUGGGAGCAGCUGAGAGAUCAUGACGAAGCCUACGCUGAAGCUCAGACCCUGUUGGGAGACUGGCUAGACAACACGUGGAAACCAGAGUUGGAUUUGGAGACACAUGGCCUGACAUGUGAGAAGGGGUGCCCGGCCACGCCGCCGCCCCCUGGAUUACACUACGACAACUUUGAUGAUCUAUACCACCACCUGGCUGAUGAAGAGGAUCACUGUGCCGUCGAGAACUUUCUCCAAGACCUGAAGAAGCAGAAAGUGUUGGAUGGAGGGAUGAUGGAGAAGCUGGUGUCGGACGGCGGCGGAACCAACAGGACCUUCAUGGACCCUGUCGUCACCAUGGAGCUGCGCCACCGGCAGGUGCGUGAGAACAGAGCCCUCAACGAGGAGGAGGCCAAGUUGAGGCGAGAGCAAGAGCAGGAGGAGAGGAAGAGGCAGGAGGCCAGGAGGAGGCAGCAGGAAAGGGUACAGCAGGAGAUUGUUAGGAUGCGGCGGCAGAGGGAGGAGAGGAAAGCCCUGGAACAGCGCCUCAGAUAUAGGGAUAGACUGGAAGGUCAAUGGACAUCCAAAAGCAUCCAGCCAGCUCCUUCAUCUCUCACAAUGCAGCAGCAGCAGCAGCAGCCAGAAGAAAACGCGCAACGGCACCAAGAAAAGAAAGUUGAAAUCUUUGUUCACCUGCAUAACCUGAAGUGUCUGCAGAGGCAUUUCUCGCGAUGGUACUCGGCGGUGAUGGAGCAGAGGCUGCGUAUGGGGAAGGCCAAGGCGCUGUGCGACUGGAAGAGGCAACUCGGGGCCUGGCAAGCAUGGCGGACCGUCAUGUGGGCUGGAAGGAAUCAGCGGGAGGUGUCAAAGACCGAGGAGGAGCUCCGCACUGAAAACAGACAACGACAGCUGGCCGAGGAAAGCGACCGAAGGCGGUUGCAACGACGAUACCUGCACGAGUGGCGGCUGUGGUGCCGGCAGGAACGCGACCAACGCGAGCUGCUGGCCCAACAGCAGGAGACCCGGCGCAAGAUGGCCGCUCUGAUCGACGCAGCCACGACGGGGCAGUUCAAACCCCCGGACACGCUGACAAGUGACCCGCCAGACAACACGGGAAAGGAUGAUCUCCAGAAGCCCAUCAAGACACGUACUCGAGUCCAUUUCAGCCGCCCCAAGGAAGCCACUACGGAGGCCCAGCAGGGAGACCAGGAAGCAGACAAGCCCAAAUCCGACGAUGAUUCGGCUGACCCAAAGACAAAAACCUUGCACGGAAGCCGCUUCGAAAACCGCCACGCCACCCAGAAGAAGAUCAUCAUGCAACAGAGGAGGCAGCUCAAAGAGCAACAGGAGGAGAUUGCAAAGCUCAAGCGGGAGAAGGUCAUGUCUGCUUGGCAGCUGGAGGCUCGCAAGACUUCUGCUUCCAGACAGUCACCACAGCUAAGAGCGCCGGCGGAAACAGCUGAACCCGAUAGCCCUGAUGCACCCCCGUGGCAAAAACCAAAGCCACCGACGUGCCCGAUCAUCUCAGCCAUGGAGGAGCGAGCUCGCGUCCGUGCCGAGCGAAAGAAGCAAACGGAGGAACUGAAGAGAGUGAAGGAAGAGGAAAAACAGGCGGAGAUGAAGGCUGCCGAGGAGCGGAAGCUGAAGGAGGAGGAGGUGGAGAAAGCCCAAAAGCUCCAUGAGAGAAGGUUGGCCAGGAUGAAGGAAGAGGAGAAACUGAAGCAAAUGAAGCAAGAGCGGCAACUCCUGGAUCGGGCCCGUCGCCACUACGACAGACAGGUGCUACGACGCCGAGGCCUGGCGCCAUGGAAAUGCCUCAUAGAGCUCAAGCAGGCCAAUGAAGAGCGGGCCGAAAAUCAUCACUCGGACUCCCUCCUGAAGCGAUCCCUUCUGCGAUGGCGCCACUUGACGAGGGAAGCUCUGUCUGAGAAAGAAGCUCGCGCUGACCAACUGCACCACAGACUUCUACUCCAGAGGAGCUUAAGCUACUGGAAAAGAUUGGAAGACCUGCGGCUCCUCCAGGAGUCGCAGGCGGAUGUCUUCUGUCGCGCCCACACGCUGAGGAGGUUCCUGCGAGCUCUGCAGGACCACGUGAUCCAGGAGAAGAGGCUGGCGCUGGAACAUCAGCAGAUGGCAGAGGAGCACGACAACAGAGCGGCGAUCCGGCGAUGCUUCCAGGCCUGGAGGCUGCUUCCUUGUCUGGAGCGCAAAGAAAGGGAACGCGAGGAAAGACGCGAAAGACUUUGCAGAAAAGUGAAUGAGGUGCUGCCCAGUUUUUGGUCACGUCCUCUGUGAAAAGCCCGGCGGCGGACCAACUCACAAACACAGCAGGUCGUCAAUCAUUUAUUGAGAAAUGAAGAACGGACACACUGUUAAAGCCGUACAAAGUCAGCCCGAGUCAUGUACAACAGUCACUCUUCAGCCAUUGUUAAACAACAAGACGUCUU